AUGUCGUCGUCUAACCCAGGAUCUUCAACGACCGAGUCAGCCCACAAUCAAUCAUCAUCCAAGGGCUUCUCUAGUUCAGCAAAUCUUUUGGUUGUGCAGUUGUCACAAGUAAUUAAAGAAAAAGAGCAGAUAGUUGCGAAUGUUGCUAUAGAUUUCCCAUCCAACAAAUCGGCGAUAUCAAAAACUGGAGCCGACGUGUUGCGUGAUCAGAUCACUGACGUUGUGAAGAAUUUCAUUGCGGAUCCUAAUAAUUUUAUUGAACCGAAAGAUAAAAAGGAUGUCUCUACACAAACAUUUCAUGUCCCGACACCAAUUACGGAAACUGCAGAAGCCGAUGAGAACCAAGAGAGAAUACAGUCGGCUACAGUUUCAAAUGAGUUGAACUUUGAGCCUCUCGUGGUGAAGUUUGAGAUCUUUGCACCAAACAAGCACGAAAAUAUUGAUUAUGUGAUGCCCAACCUCGAUGGGGUUUCAAUGGACGACAUCGACAUUAUGCGUGAGGCAAUGGCCAACGAACUCACUUCACUAAUCGCUUCUGCUCCUGAGGAUUCAAUGCCUUCAGCUACUGUUUCUUCGUUGAAUAGUACGAUGGAUGUUAAAACAUCAGACGUUCAAGGAGUCUCCGUGAAAAAUACCAAGGAAGAAAUCCAACACGUGAAUUCUUCCAAUCAUUCUUCUGAUUCGGACUCCCAAUCCACUUCGUUUGACCCGACUGUCCCAUCUACAUCUAGUGGGAUUACGGAAAACCGUCGAAUUCGUCGUAAGUCGGACUUAAUUGACGACAAAAUUGAAGGAAAUGAUGCCAAGAAAUACAAGAAGAACGAGGUGACUAAAAUCUAA